AUGGCUAGUACUACAGAUUGUGUUUAUUUAAUUAUUUAUAUACCAUUUAUAAUACCUGAUUUGGUGAUGAUACCAACAUGUUGGAUAGCAUAUAUUUACGAUGCCAUUGAAAGAAAGUUUCCAAAGAUAUGGAGAUUUCUUUUCACCAUUAUUACUAUGGGUGGUUUGGCCAAUGGAUUAUCGGAUAUAAUGUUGAUCGUAGAAUCUCUCAUUUCAUUUAUCCACUACCUUCGUUAUAAUGUACCAAUGGGUGCAUCAUUUAUAUCAUUUCGUUUAAUAAUAUCAAUAGUAGGAUCAUUGUUGGCUUCAAUUCUAUUUAGAAUGGUUUUCCAAAAGAAAAUUACAUCUAAAUUUAUUUACUUUUUGGUUAGUAGUACUGUUUUUAAGCCAACAUCAAUAAUAUUUAAAUUGAUUUAUUAUAUUAGAGUAAUUAGACAAGGAAUUAAAAACAAACAAUUAUCAUCAUCAUUUGAUUCAAAUAUAAUUAGAGAAGAAAAGAAUUCAAAUGAUCUUUUACAAGUACCUCCAUUCCUUGAUUUCGUUUAUAUUAGUUUCCCACUAAGUAUUAUUACGUUGGUCGAGUGUAGUAGAAACAGCUUUACUUGGGGUGGAGGUAACUUUUGGAAGAUGUUUAAAUUGGUCUCUUUUGGAUUUGAAUUUAUAAAUUCAUUGCAUGUUGGUUUCUUUGUCAUGCCAUCACAUGAUCCAAGCUUUUUCUUUGGUGGAUCCCCAAGACCAACCUUUUCAUCAACUUCCUCCUCUAAUCAACCAAAAGAUAAAGAACCAUUAUUAAAUGAAGAAGGAGGAGGUGUACCUGAUUUAAAUCAAGAGUAUUAUUAUACACUUGCCUAA